UUCUGAACAAAGAUCUCAAGUCUAUUACUCCUUCCUGCCUGGAUCUAGAGGAGACGCCAAGUACUCAUUCCUCUAAAGUCUCUCUCUUCACCAGCACCUCUCAGACCAACUGCAGGACCUCCCACCCACACCGCCCKGCGCCUGCCCAGGCUUGUUCUUUGCUGUGAUCUUUCUGAAAUACCUCUCUGAUCAUGUGGUGUCCUUUCCAUGCAUCCUCAAGCCCUCUGCCUACAGGAAGAACUGGUGCUUUAGCGUGUGGAGUUGGGUCCAAGAUUAAACCACAGGUUUCCUCAUGGGUCGACUUGAUGGGAAAGUCAUCAUCCUAACAGCUGCCGCUCAGGGGAUCGGCCGGGCAGCUGCUGUGGCUUUUGCAAAUGAAGGUGCCAAAGUCAUAGCCACCGACAUCAAUGAGUCCAAACUUCAGGAACUGGAAAACUACCCAGGUAUCCAAACUCGUGUCCUUGACGUCACAAAGAAGAAACAAAUCGAUCAGUUCGCCAGUGAGGUUGAAAGAAUUGAUGUUCUCUUUAAUGUUGCUGGUUUUGUUCAUCAUGGAACCAUCCUGGACUGUGAGGAAAAAGACUGGGAUUUUUCCAUGAAUCUCAACGUCCGCAGCAUGUACCUGAUGAUCAAGGCAUUCCUUCCUAAAAUGCUUGCUCAGAAAUCUGGCAACAUYAUCAACAUGUCCUCUGUGGCCUCCAGCAUCAAAGGAGUGGUGAACAGGUGUGUGUACAGCACCACCAAGGCAGCCGUGAUUGGCCUUACAAAGUCCGUGGCUGCAGACUUCAUCCAGCAGGGUAUCAGGUGCAACUGUGUGUGCCCAGGAACCGUUGAUACCCCAUCUCUGCAAGAAAGAAUACAAGCCAGAGAAAAUCCUGAAGAGGCACUGAAUGACUUCCUAAAGAGACAAAAGACAGGAAGAUUUGCAACUGCGGAAGAAGUAGCCCUGCUCUGUGUGUAUCUGGCUUCUGAUGAAUCAGCCUAUGUGACAGGCAAUCCUGUCAUCAUUGAUGGAGGAUGGAGCCUGUGACUGCAGGAUCUCCUUGUGGGGAAGGCAGGACCUUCUUGCCCAUGGUGAACCUGGUUGUGAAGAAAACUCAGUGAUCAUCUCUCUCCUAGGAAUGACAUUAAUGAAAAUGAGCCUUGUAAAAUCAUUGUUCCCAAGGAUCUAGUUCUUUAAUUAAUUUCUUUCCUAAUCUCUUCUGAAAUCAUUGUAAGUCAAAUAAAAAAUAUUGAACUCAUUAUCAAAAUAAUUUUUAAAAUAGACUUCAAUUUGUAAGCAUC